AUGAACUUAAAAACCAUAAUAUUGGCGUUGUUGAUAAACAGUAAAAUCUUGGAUGUGAAGCUGGAAUACUCCCUGAAACCUCUCGACAACUUAAUCAAAAACCUGCGUAAGGAUAGUGAAAUCGAACUAAUUUUUGAGCUUCAGAAUAGUGAGGCCCGAAACUGCAAAAUUGAUGAUUGGAAUUCGAUUGGAAUCCCCAUACUAAGGUUUAAUAAUCUGGAAAAAAUUGAAGUGGGAAAAAACUUCAACAGCGUUCAUACAAUAGGCCUGGUUUGCAUAACCCGAGAAUCAGAUUUAAUUCUACUGGAAAAUUUGGCAAUGGCAUUUGAAGGUAUGAGGCAGGAAAGGAUCAUUUUGUGGCUGCAGAUGAAACCGACCUUGGAAAUCUUUAAAGAAAUCGGCAAUCUAUCGGAAGAGCAUAAUUUCAUUGACAUGAUUGUAAUGGAAGCAGUUACUUCUGAAAACGCAACCGAUUAUCUCUAUCGUCUCCAGCCUUUUCCAAGACCCCAUUUUACCAGAGGACUAUAUCAGGAGAAUCAGCUUAAUUAUCUUGGAAAAAAUGCAACGGUGAAAUUAUCUUACGGAAUAUACGGAACACAUGACAACAGCUACUCACAGACCAUAAAUAUUCCGAUAACAUCAGAAGAAGACAGGAUUUUUGUCGAAUUUGCCAUCAAAUAUAACUUAAGCCUAAAUCUUUUGACAAAUGCCGAGCCCAUUACCAAAGUUGAUAUAAAUUUAGACAAGAAAUUAAAACACAAUUAUAUGGAUAGCGCAAAUCCAUUCAUCACGGUUGCCCUUUUGGUGAUGGUACCAUGUGCUAAAGAAAAAACCAUUCAGGAUAUUAUCCUUUUUGAAGUAAACUGGUGGGCGCUACCACUUUUUGUUAUGUACAUAAUUGUUGUAAUAUUGGAGAGGAUUAUCUUGCGGAUGAACCGUCGCAUUUAUGGUGGAAACUACAGGCCGAACCUUAGUUCUUUGGUAAACUUGCGGGUGUUUGCCGCCAUCCUGGGCCUCAAGUUUUCUGGAUCCCGACGUUGGAACUUUUCGCUCCGACAUCUUUUUUUGCUUCUUAGUAUUUUUGGUUUCUUAUUUGAACGUUUCUUUAUCUAUAUGUGGACCGUUAUCAACAAAUAUCAAGAAAAAUUUAAUAGAAAAACAUUUUGCAAUUACGAAAAUCUACAAUUAAUUUCCAGUUCGACAAAAAUGCAGAUACUAAGAAAAAAUUCAGUGUUAAAAAAACCAUUAACCAAACAUGUUCAAAAUUUAUUUGAAUCGGGAAUCACGGAUUACUGGCUAUCCAUCAAUCCCCUUAAAUAUAUAAGUAUGCUGAAUGUAACUUUCCCAUCAGAUGAAAAAAAUUACCUGUUUCCUCUUUCAUUCAAAGACUUACAUUUUCUAUGGAUUCUCCUUAUUCUGGGAUAUAGUUUAGCUGUUGUAGUAUUUUAUAUAGAAGUUUUUUGCAUACUUUGGUGUUGA